UGUUUUUAUCGUUCAAAUAAUUAAAUGAAGCAAGCUCUGGUUUUAUUCUCGUGGUGGUUGUCUUAAAAGAUUCAGAUCUUUAAAGCUGGCACAGAUCUGCAGCGAACAGACGUCUCUGUGACAUCCUCCGCUGUAAACACACAUCUGUCUGACCUUUCUGAAUGUCACUCUGUCUGGCUUGUAUUCCUCCACAGUGUCUCAGAGAGAAGUGCGAGUUUCCUCUUACCCCCGUGUUUCAGCUUCUGGCCUCUGUCUGCUGAGGUUCAAGUGGGUCAGUCAACAACAAGUGUGUCAGUUGUGACGCUUAGAAGAACUAUAACAGACGCGUGAGAGGCUGAGGACAGUCUUAAUCUUCAGCAACAUGACACUCAAAUCACACUGCACACAUCAGCGCACACCAACAGGAUCUCUAUGGAGCAGCGGACACUGCAAAAGACAGUACAGCUCUAAAUCUCAGCAGCACAACUACCUCACAAGAACACAUCCGAUGGAGCAGAGGAGGCCCAAACCUCACAGGUUCCACUCCUGCCUGAUGUUUCGCUUAAAGGAGCGUGUGAGGAUGGACCACGGCCAGCCCGAAGGAGACGUCCAGGAAAGCACUGAGAGCAGGCUGAGGGAACUGGCACUCAAGUGGUUUACAGAGACCCAGGCACCUCUGAUUCUCCACAACGGCAACUUCCCAGAAUGGUUCCAAGGAUUUAUCAGCAGAAAGGAUGCAGAGGAGCAUCUGAGAGACAAGGAACUUGGCUGUUUCCUCAUUCGGCUCAGUGAUAAAGCCACUGGAUACAUUCUGUCAUACAAAGGUCGUGAUCGAUGUCGGCACUUUGUCAUCAACCAGAGUAAAGACGGGCGUUUUAUUGUGACGGGCGACACAGAGAUGCAUGAUACUCUCACCAGCCUCAUCGAAUAUUACAAGACCAGACCCAUUGAGCCAUUUGGAGAAUAUCUGACACUCUCAUGUUUUGAGUCAUCCAUAAGCGAGCUCUAUGAUGUGAUUCAUUUUGACCUGAGAGAGAAGCCAGGAGUAAAUGUUAAAGCUGCGAAGGAUAUUUGGGACGAUCAGUGCAAAAAACCCCACGAGACACUGCAGCCUCCUGCCCUGCCGCCCAAAGGACACAGAAACACACCCGCAGUGCCGCCAGUGCCAAGAAAAGGCCCUCUUCUGAAAGCCGCCUCCUUAGAAGCAAAGCACAGCCCAGAAAACGUGCUGUACACACUGAUAGACCUGCAGAAGCCCAAAGAAAGAGCCAGAACGCCCACAGAGGGCAAAGACAUUUCACUUACAGCUUCCCGAGGGGAACCCCGAGCCCUGAGGCUACAGAAAGUUUCUGCCGCACACCAAGGAACCAUUUACUCUGAGCUCUUAGUGCCGAACUGCAGAAGCCAAUCCCUGCAUUUCCUGGAUGCAGACAGUGAAGAAGAAGGACACUUUAAUAGAAGAAGCAAACCGCAAAUGUCUUCCCACAUGCAGAGAGAACAACUCACCAAUCCAGGUUUGGAAAUACUGUGCAAUUCAUCGGUUUAUCAGUUAGCCGGAACACAUGGCAACCGAAACACAAGAACGUCAAAGGUCAACGUACAGGAAAGAGAUGUUAUGUAUGCCGAGGUGCCUCUUGAACCCGUUCCAAAUCACUUCCUGGUUGACGACACGUAUGAGCAGAUUCCCGAUUCACGGCCUACAGCGAGAGCAGAGGAGACAUCACACACUAACACUUACGAAACGCUAACAGACUUGAAACCCAAGCAGAUUUUAUCUGCCAAGCCCCUUAAGACUGAGAAAUGGAAAUGGCACUCCCCCAAAUACUGGAAAAAAUAACCUCUUCAGAUGAACAUCAUCACUGACGUGAAUCAUAACAUUACACUAAUGAAGAACAGUCGUUAACAAACAUGCAUGUACUUCCGUCCACUGAAGCUACUUCUGAUUAUUGAAUACUAGAAUAGUGCAGCUAUAUUUUUCACUGGAUUUUUGUAUGUCUAUUUGUGAAACUUUUAUUUGUUACUUUUAAAAUACUCUUAUGUGUUACAAGAAUAUUUAUUAACUUAAUAAAAAUAUAUAUAUAUUGUGUCUUGAUGUCAACGACAAGCUAGAAUCACAGAAGUGUGUUGGAAAUGUUCAGGAAUUUGUAUAUGAUGUGUAAUAAAAUAAUGAUAUUUUGCCACUCUAAGGGUUUUUGAGGAUUUGUAAGUUCUCAUAUUUUCUUGAUAUAAAACACUAUUAUGCCUACUGCACAACAAUUCUUGUUUCAUCUCAACUUUAUUGACCAUGAAUUAUUAAUACACAGAUUGGGAAUGAAGCUGUUAAACUUUACAGUCUUCAGAAUGACCGAACCUGCCGGCAACAGAGACCAUCUGUGAAGGUGCACAUCUGUCUUUUGAGAUUCAGUACAACUUUUGGAACCAUUAAAACAAAUGAUGU